AUGUGCGGGAUGGGAGAGGAGAGGUUGCCGAGAAUUGUAUGGGAGGCGAAGUGGGCAAACAAAAAGAGGGGUAGACAACCCACGGAAUGGGUCAAGGUUGUAGAGGACGUAUGGAAGGGGCUCGACAUCGACGAAGAUGAAACGCUGGAAACGGAGGGUCUACAGGGGUUCAAGGAGAAGAUAUCUGUUGCUUGUGCCGAGAGAGAAGAACAGAAUCUGAGGAAAGAAUCCAAGGAUAAGGAGGGUCUAGAAGUGUACGGAAUGUUGAAGGAAGGAAUAGGGUUCAAGGACUACCUACAUGGACCAAUGGAUGCAGGAACAAAGCUUAAGGUCAAAUUCAGGACCGGGGACAUAGGCCUUCGAGAACGUCGACGAAGACAUAGGACGGUAGACGACGAAGACGACGAGUUCAAAUGUGAUUGCGGCUUCGAAUGCAAAGACCGUGUUCAUGUAGUCGCGGAAUGUCCGUUGUACAAGAAGGAGAGGGAAGUGUACGUGACUGAGCUGGGAAAAAUAGAUGGAACGUACAGGGAGAUGUUUGAGGCAUGGAAUAGAGAGGAAAGGACGGUAGCUGUAGUGGGGCAUAGGAGGUGGGUUGAAAAGGCGGGAAGGGAUAUCGUUAGGAUAGACAGACUAGGGAAGACAUUUUUGAGCCACCUUUGGCAAAGUAGAAAGGAACGAUUGGCCAUCGGUGAUCGGUCCUGUGGGAGAACAAUGCUCCGUCCUCUCGAAGACGCGUGGUCAAUGGUCUAACCGCCAAGACAUGCAAAACAUAAGAGUACGCCCCCCCCCC